AUGAGCACAGACCCGAAACUCGACGCCCUCCACAAACAACUCUUCGAAGAAGGCCUCAAAAUGCGGCGCAGCGUCGUCGGCGACACGUACGUCGACCGAGCACUCGCCAACGGGUCGACGGAAUUCUCCAAACCGGGGCAGGAACUCACGACCGAGUGGUGCUGGGGGUACGCGUGGACGCGGCCGGGGCUGGAGCGCAAGCAGCGCAGCCUGCUCAACAUCGGCAUGCUGAUGGCGCUCAACCGCGCGCCCGAACUCGCCGUGCACAUCCGCGGCGCGCGCAACAACGGCCUGUCGGAGCUGGAGAUCCGCGAGGCGAUCCUGCACUGCACGACGUAUUGCGGUGUGCCGGCGGGCGUGGAUGCGAUGAAGACGGCGGAGCGCGUGCUGGAUGAGAUGGCGGAGAAGGGCGAGAUGCCGAGGGAGUUGGGAAAGAAGGUGUAG